AGCUCGACCAAGCCACCCAAGAAAGAGAAAGAAAGGCUCUCCAACCCUCCUCCAUUGCUGCAACUCGAGCUCAAGCAAGAAAGGUCCAAGGAGUGGGAUUAAAGAAGGAAAAAGGGCUAGGAAAAGUGUGUAAAUCAAGGCACUUGUGAAGGGUAUUUCAAGUGAUUUCACAAAGUUGGAAAAGUCGCCGGAAUUGUCGCCGGAGUUGACCAAAAGUCGCCGGAGUUUCACCGGAGUUCAACCAAGAAGGGUAGAACUUCUUAACGCUAGUUCAAGGUUGAAGCUAGGGCUUGCUACCUGCACCUUUCUACGGGUGACAUCAAUCAAGGAAGACGUGAAAUGGAGGGCAGGCGAAUGCGGACCAGGAACAAUCCGAGGGGGCAGGCGCCGGUAACAUCCCAAAGGGGAAGCCGGGCUGCAUCUCGGGGUUCAAGAGGAGGCCGUGGAGGCCGUGGAAGCCGUGGAGGUCAUCAAGCUCAAACUGUGAGUGAUGGCCAUGUAAGCUCGGUGUAUGAAACCAACACCGAGGACUAUGACUCUACGUAUGUUCCUGAGACAGAGCAUGAGGAGACCCCAUAUGAUGGGGGUGACACAUACACCGAUGAGGACAAUGAUGAAAGUGAUGCCCGCUUCGCCCAAAUGGGUGAAUUACUUGAGUGGUAUCAAAAGGAGAAACAGAGGAGAGACCUUAGGCGCCAAGCGAGGCGUGGCUCUCGUGGUGGUUCGGGUCAAGGGAGCCGGGGAGCUUCCGUGGCCACCCCAGCGGCGUCACAAGGUGGGCGUGAAGGAGGUUUUGUUGUGAGAAUCUCCAAGUACCUCAAGGAGGCUAGGGCCUUGGGGUGUAGGUCCUUUGACGGCACCGGUGACAUUACCGUUGCCGCCGAUUGGAUUAAGAAGGUGAAGGAUGCAUCAAGAGACAUGCAAAUCACACCGGACGUGAAGUUGACUGUCGCUUCACGGCUACUUGAAGGGAUAGCCUCUACGUGGUGGGAGAGCGUGGAAGGGAAGUACCAUGGGGAAAUAACAUGGGCGGACUUUGAGCUAGAGUUCUAUGCUCAAUACUACUCCGAGUACGAGGUGAAUGUGAAACGGAGAGAGUACACUAACCUCAAACAGAAAGAUGGCGGCACGGUUAAGCAGCUGGAACAAGAGUUUAGAACCUUGGCGAGGUUCUUGCCAGAGUACGCGGUUGAUGAGAACCGCAUGACGGAGCACUUCUGGGAUGCAUUACUCUUGGACAUCCGCGACCGAGCUACAUACUCUCGCCACAUGUCAUUUAGCGAGGUGGUGGAACAGGGCCUUCUUGGAGAGGCCCAGUGGAAUGAGAGGAAAGCAAGGGACGCCGAAGAGGCGAAGAAGAGGAAGUGGAAUAAUUCGGGGCCACCCGAUCAUUCUCGAAGAAACAACCACGGGGGUGGUGGUGGUGGCGGUGGUUCAUUCAAGGCGCCGGCCCCACCGGCAAAGAAGAACAGGGAUGCGAGGUGGCACGGACCUAGGCCACAGAACUCGGGGCCACCUAGAUGUCCCAAUUGCUCAAAACAACACUUUGGGAAGUGCAAUGAACCACCGAGGUGUUUUAA